CAACUUUCCCAAGUCUGUGCACGAGAGGGACAGGAGGAAAACAGAAGGAAGUAGCUUGGCCUCAAUAAGCUCUUCUGCUCCAGAGCCUUUUUCCUCUGAACCGGCUGAGACCUUUGCUCUAAGAGGAGACCCCCAGACUCCAAGAGAGAGAGAGAGAACGGCCCGCCUGCUCUCAGGGGAGGCCAGAUGCUAAGCAGCCACAGCUGCUCCGAAGCCCCUCCAUGAAUCCCCGGAAGAAGGUGGACCUGAAACUCAUCAUCAUCGGAGCCCUGGGUGUGGGAAAGACCUCCCUCCUCCACCAGUAUGUGCACAAGACGUUUUACGAGGACUACCAGACCACACUGGGGGCCAGCAUCCUCUCCAAGAUUAUCAUACUGGAUGACACAACUUUGAAGCUACAGAUCUGGGACACGGGUGGACAGGAGCGGUUUCGCUCCAUGGUGUCUACAUUCUACAAAGGCUCCGAUGGCUGCAUCCUGGCUUUCGAUGUCACCGACCUGGAGUCUUUUGAAGCAUUGGAUACCUGGCGGGGUGACGUCCUGGCCAAAACGAUUCCGAUGGAACCGUCCUACCCCAUGGUGGUGCUGGGAAACAAGAUUGAUCUCGCAGACCGGCAGGUGCCCCAGGAGGUAGCCCAGGGCUGGUGUAAAGAGAAAGACAUCCCCUACUUUGAAGUCAGUGCCAAGAAUGACAUCAACGUGGUACAAGCCUUCGAGAUGCUGGCCAGCCGGGCUCUGUCCAGGGUAAGUGGCUAUGGUGGUAUCAUCUUCCAGGGCUGCCCCGAGGAUGGGAAACUGGGGAGCUUCAGAGAACAACACACUGGACUCAGUAUCGAAGCAUCUUAGAGAAUUACCUCACAGACUCCAUCAAGCUCUCACCGGAAGACCAGUCCAGGAGUAGAUGUUGCUGAUCUUUCAGUCUCCCGCUCUGAUGCCCAGACAAAGCCUGCCCACGGCCUGGGCAUCCCCGCCCCCACCAGCCCUUCCCUACCCACCCCCCCCCACCCCGUCUGCCCAAGCCCAGCCCAGGCACUACCCUCAUAUCUGUGCUGGGCCCAGAUCAGAGCACAGCCCCUGCCUCGGGCUGAGUGUAGUGAGGACAGGGCUGGGCCCUCAGGGGUCCCGAUGGAACCCAGAAUGUCACAGCCAAAUCUCGGGCCGGGAGGAGUCACCGUUCCCUGGCUGGCUCCAGCUUUCCUGCUACCUGCCCUCCCCAAACACACUCUCGCUCCAGAACGCACAUCUCUGCAGACAGGCCACUGUGUCUGGAGUCCCGUUACGUUCUCCUGGGGACUGGCCUUCCUCACUCAUACCGCCACGCACCCACAAAGCCACGGCACAGCUUUGGACAAGGGUGCAGCUCAGGCCACCCCGGCUACCAGCGCCAGAAAGCGAGGGCCUGCCUCAACCCCUGGUGGCCACUGUCCAGGCCUGGAACGAUACUCCGCCGCCUCCAGGGCAUAGGACAGAGGGAGCCCAGGAGAGGCACCCAGGACGGGCUCAUUCCUCUCUGCUGGAUGCGCAGACAACUCCUCUAAAUCUCUCCGAGCCUCAGCUGGCUCAUCUGUCAAAUGGGGGUGGUUCGUGUCCUGCCGACCUCAGGGUAUAUGGUUUCGAGGACCAGAAGCUCUGCUUAAAUCUCAGUUGCUCUUGUUGAUAUGCAUUUAUUUAUUUCUCCAACAAGUAUUGUUGAACAUCUGCUAUGUACAAUGCGCCGAGGUCCAGUGACAAAUGAAACAAACGAGGACCCUGCUCUCCUGGACCCGGCUUUCCGAUUAGGGAGAGAAGCCAUAGGCACAGAAUUUAAACAGAUAUUUUCAAAUAGCAGAUGGGUGCUUGGACAAAGCAACCGAGGUAAUGGGAUAGAAAGGGACAGAGACUGGGGUUGGUGCUGUUUCAGACAAAGUGGUCCAGGAGGGCUUCCCUGAAGAGGUGUCAUUUGGCCCCAGGACUAGAGAAUGAACAGAUGACUUUCAUUAGAGAUCUGGACAAAGAGCAUUCCAUGGAGAGGGAGCAGAAAGAGCCACGGCCCUGAGGUAAGGACAAAUUUGCUGUGUUCCAGGAACAGUGAAAGAACUCUCAUUUACCUGAGGACUCAAAGCUGAUAUCCCAGAGACCAGCAAAAGGGAUCCUGCCCCCUGAGUGGCUCCUUGAUGCUCUGCUGACUGGCCACCAGAGGGCAGCAGUGCUCCUUCCCUCCCGUGCUGAGUGGCCGGUGGCUUCUCCAUGACCCUUGAAGAAGGGCUUUUCUCUCUAUGCUGAUCCUCAAAGCUUGUUCUCAGACUGGGGGCAUGUUUGGUCCUGCGAGAUUUAUGGGGCAGGAGAAUCCCAAUUUCUUACAGCUAGUAAGAACUGAGCCAAAACUGUAACAUCAAUGAUUCAGGCAAGAAAUCCACAUAAGUGACAAAUGCUAGAAUUGAGGGACCUGGAAAACUCACGGACUCCCUCUCCCUGCAGAUUCUUCCGGCAACAGAUAGCAUAGACAGGACCCAGCCUGAAGAGGGUAGGCAAAAUGACCACUCAGAGGCUCCCAAGCCACAUCCAUGCCCUCCAUGGAAGUCUCCUGUCUACACAGACGUAUCUGGCCCUGAGCUCCGAGCAAAGCUGGGACGUGAGCCCAGGACUUCUGAUGGCAUCUGACUCUGAAGAUACUCCCAGAGGCAGGGGAUCCUGCAGGGGUGAAGGGGUCAGCAGGAGAGUCUGGGGAGCCUCGUCUGCCCACCCAGCUGUGGAGUAAGGGCUGGCUCAUCCCGGGCAGCGGCACGGAUCUGGCAGAGAGCAGGUGGCUGGGAGCACGCCGCCGUCUCUGUGUCCUUCCUGGGAGUGGCAUUCUACACCUCACACGGCUCUCCUGGGAGUGCAUCGGACCGUGGAUGGGAUGUGUGGCGUUUGGGCUUCUGUAUCCUGUGUAUGCAGCACCAAUGGAUGUGUGAACUGUUUCAAAACGUGUGCGACAAAUAAUAAAUGUGUCCUCCUUUCUUUUUA